AUGGAUGCCCAAGAACUCAAGCAGUAUCUUGCCGAUGCACCCCCGAGUGUCGUGAGGCUUGAGAUAGAAAAACAUUUUGAAGCUUUGUCCGAAAAGCAGAAGAGAUAUGCUCAUUUUAUAAGCAGAGCAUCGUUCUACGGUAGCAGGAUCGUGGCCAGACAGAUUUCACCCGAAUCUGAACCAAUAUUCGAUUUUAUAUUGGCUCUUCAUAAAAGCAGUGGCGGGGAUUGGAAAGCGCUGCAGGCCAAAGCAGGCAUAUCUGACGAAGAGCUUGGUUAUUUCUUGCAAUACGCCGCGCAGUUCCUAGGAAACAAUGGCAAUUAUAAGAGUUUUGGUGACGCCAAAUUUAUCCCACGAGGCCCUGAAUCUGCCUUUUCUGCGCUUGCUGCAACGUCGCCAGAAGCCCAAAAAUUCUACGAUGCCACUUCUGGGGCGAUCUUCUCCACGGAUAAGCCUUCGCUACUACAUCUCGGAUAUCCGGAGCAAGGGCAUAUGACUACUUACUAUCCGGGAUCUCCUGAUAUCACCAAGGUUGAAAUUGACGCUGUUUCAGCGUGGAUGGAGAAGAAAGGGCUGCUUCCCGAGAACACCCGUCUUGUUCAAAAGAAGGAUGGUUCGUUUGAAAUAUGGAUUGCAUCUGCAAUCACUACGAUUCCUGUAGAAGGCGGCGAUGUUGGCAAGGAGACUGUUUUCAAAAUUGAGGAUGGUAUAUUGGCAGGGAAAACUAUCACCUUGGUCUACGGUGAUCACUCUAAGGAGUUAGCUGGCGCAACAGCCAGUAUCAAGAAGGCUGUAGAAAACUCAGACAACGAGAACCAGCGUAAUAUGCAUAGUGCUUAUGCGAAAUCCUUCGAGAAGGGUUCAUUACUUGCCUUCAAGGCUAGUCAAAGGUUCUGGAUUCGAGACAUAGGUCCAAUGGUCGAAUGCAACGUUGGGUUUAUCGAAACCUAUCGUGAUCCCGCCGGUAUCCGAGCUGAAUGGGAAGGAUUUGCUGCCGUCGUUAACCUCGAACGGACUCGGGCCUUCGGUGCCCUCGUUGAGGCUGCUCCUACCUUAAUCCCACAUCUGCCAUGGGAGAAAGAUUUUGAAAAAGACAAAUUCUUAUCACCGGACUUCACGUCUCUCGAAGUGUUAACAUUCGCUGGCUCAGGCAUACCAGUCGGGAUUAACAUCCCAAAUUAUGACGACAUAAGGCAAACGGAAGGCUUCAAAAAUGUGUCUCUCGGGAACGUAAUGAGUGCGAAGGCACCAGAUGAGAAAAUUCCAUUUAUUGCCGAAAAAGAUCUUGAAGUCUAUAAACGUUACCGGGACGGUGCCUUUGAAGUCCAGGUUGGCCUACAUGAGCUCACGGGUCACGGCUGUGGAAAACUACUACAAGAGACAUCAGAGGGGAAGUUCAACUUCGAUAAGGAGAACCCACCUAUCUCUCCCUUAACCGGAAAGCCGAUCACCACUUGGUACAAGCCUGGCCAAACAUGGGGUUCCGUCUUCGGGAGCUGGGCUGGUUCUUAUGAAGAGUGUCGUGCAGAACUCGUCGCCAUGUACUUGAGCUGUGAAUUUCCUGUUUUGAAGAUCUUCGGCUUCGGCGACGGCUCGAUCGAUAUAGAUGGUGAAGCGGGAGACGUGCUAUACGCUUCAUAUCUCUCCAUGGCUCGAGCUGGUCUUACAUCGUUAGAGAUGUGGGACCCGAAGAGCAAAAAAUGGGGUCAGGCGCAUUCACAAGCCCGAUUUUCCAUUCUCAAAUGCUUCCUAGAGGCUGGCGAUGACUUCUGCAAACUCGAUUAUAAAGGUGAUGACCUAGCCGAUCUCAAGAUUAGCCUGGACCGAUCAAAGAUCCUCACAGCCGGCCGUAAAGCGGUGGGUGACUAUCUCCAGAAGUUACACAUCUUCAAAUCAACAGCCGAUGUUGAAACUGGAACCAAGUUCUACGCUGAUAUGACGAAUGUCGAUCCGGAAUACUGGGGAAAGAAGGUUAGAGACGAGGUCCUGCGGAACAAACAGCCUCGGAAGGUAUUCGUUCAAGCCAACACAUAUUUGGACGAGGCAACCGGCAAGGUCACGCUGAAGCACUAUGACGCGACCCCCGAGGGCAUGAUCCAAAGUUGGGCUGAACGAGAUGUCUGA